AUGUCCACCAAGGUUGUGCUCGAGACGUCUAUGGGCGCCAUCACAGUCGAGCUCUACACCUCACACGCACCCAAGACCUGCCAGAACUUUUCCACGCUCGCGUCGCGCAACUACUACAACGGCACCAUCUUCCACAGAAUCAUACCCGACUUCAUGAUACAAGGUGGAGACCCCACUGGAACUGGUCGUGGCGGAUCGUCGAUCUAUGGCGAGAAGUUUGAGGAUGAGAUUCGAAGUGAUUUGAAGCAUACCGGCGCUGGCAUCUUGAGCAUGGCCAAUUCCGGUCCCAAUACGAACGGCAGCCAAUUCUUCAUCACCCUCGCGCCAACGCCGUGGCUAGACGGAAAGCACACGAUCUUUGGCAGGGUGAAGAGCGGCAUGAGAGUUGUUCAGAGAAUGGGUCUUGUCAAGACUGGAGCAGAGGACAGGCCAGAGGAGGAGUUGAAGAUUUUGAGUGCGAGGGUGCUGGAGGGCGAAGAGGAUACUUGA